AUGCCGACAUGCACCUACGACGGCAAGGGAGAUCCUAAGAGAUAUAUCGCGGCCUUUGAAAGCCAUAUGUUGUUGUACACCGACACCGACGCCGUGUGGUGUAAAGUCUUCCCAACGACGCUGGUGGGGGCAGCUUCGGACUGGUUCACCAAUCUCCCUCCUAGAUCCAUUGAUAGCUUCGACACCCUUGUCGAAUUGUUUACAAGCCAGUAUAUAAGCAACAGCGCACGACAAAGAACCUCAGGGGAACUUAUGUCUGUUAGGCAGAGGAAGGACGAAUCACUGAGAUAUUUCGUCCGACGUUUUAAUAAUGAAGCCAACACUAUACUAAAGUUACAGCAAGAGAUAGUCGUCAUGGCCCUGAUGAGUGGUUUAAUCGACAGCGAUUUUAAGAGGUACAUGGCACGAAAGUCCUUUCCCAACCUCGGCAUAGCGUUUAACAAGGCUCAUGAAUACAUCAAAAGUGAAGAACUUUUGAGAGCAGGCAAUCAGGUAACAUUGACAGAGCCGUCUCGGCGGCAAAACGUUUGCUCGUCACCUGAGACCCACGUGGGUGGGAGUAGUAGACAAAACCAGCAAAAAGCAAACAGGCCCGUUAGAGGUUUGGGGCGAUAUAGUAGUUAUACUCAGCUGAACACGCCAAGGGCCGCCAUCUACUCGAUAAAUCAACACAGGGAAGAGUGGAACCGGCCGGCCCCAAUGAUAACGAAAGGUCGAGAUUUAAAGAAGUACUGCAUGUUUCAUAAAGAUGUCGACCAUUAUACCGAGGAAUGUGUCCAACUGAAGGAAAACAUUGAGGACCUUAUUAGAAAGGGUCAUUUAUCUCAAUACCGGUCUCAGGCAGGAGCAAGUCGACAACCACCACCGUUAGCAAGACAGACAGAGUAUCGGAAACAGGGCGACUCGUCAGUACAGGAUGAUGCUUACCGACAGGGUCAUGCAGAUAGUUACCGACAAGGUUCAGCCCCUCAGGGGCGAAAAAUUACCAUAGAGGUAAUUUCCGGAGGACCGGUGCAUGGGGGUUCUGUUAGCGACGCAAAGAAAAGUCUAUCGGAAUACAAACACAUGAUAAACGCGUUAGGGGUGGAUGAGCGGCCCCGACCAAAUGCAAUCCCUUCCGUCUCCUUCUCGGAGGAUGAUUCAAGGGGAAUAGUUUUUCCCCAUGACGACCCUCUGGUAUUGAUAUUGGCAAUAAAUGGGUGCGACGUCAAGCGCACGUUAGUAGAUGGGGGAAGUUCCGCAAAUAUCUUGUUCUCAAGAGUAUUCGACGUCAUGAUGAUAGAUCGAAAAUACCUAACGCCGGUGUCAUACCCGGUUAUCGAUUUUAAUGGUUCAACGGUCAUACCUAAAGGUAGUAUAGUCUUACCAGUCCGAAUUGGGGAAGGAUCAAGGGCACGGGAUGUGAUGACUGAAUUCCUAAUUGUGGACGUGCCGUCAGCGUGCAAUGUCAUUAUUGGUAGACUGUUAAUUCAUGAUGUACAUGCGGUAGUAUCGACAUAUCAUCUCACGAUGGUGUAUGUAUCAAAUAUUGAUAAAACAGAACGUGUCAGAGGGAGCCAAACAAUGGCAAGAGAAUGCUACGUGUCGGCACUGAAGCAUCCUUGUCGACAAAUUCCCACGAAUCAGCAUGCUCAGAAAAGGGAGCGAUCCUCGCUUGCCCAAGAUUUGGCAAUGGCAAACUUUGAUACAAGGCCUAUAACUAUCCCAAGACCGCUGCCAGGAGGAGAAACUAUUAAUGUUGAAUUGCAACCAGGAGUUGCGAGUCGUACAGUAAAGAUCGGGUCCGAUAUAAACACCGACAUGCAAUGCUACUUGAUUGAACUACUAAGGGAGAAUGCUGACGUUUUCGCCUUCUCGGCCGAUGAAAUGUCGGGGAUUCACCCUAGCGUGAUGGUUCACAAACUAAAUGUGGACAGACGAGCAAGGCCGAUAAGAUAG